CCAUGCUUGGUAACAGAAGAUGCAACCCCUCCUCUAUUAGAGAAACAUUCACCAAGCAAAGCUUUUGGACAAACAAUCUUAGCAAAAAUGGCAAUCUCCUUGUCCAGGAAGAAGUCUAAACAGCCCAAAAAAGUUAAUGGAACAGGACUUUGCCUCGUUUUUCCAUUCUUGUUGAAAAUUUUGUACCAAAUCCCUUUAGCAAUUCUGCUUUUGAUUCUUCUCUUGUUAUGGUCAUCCUCCGCCACCAUCAUCUCUGGCAACAUUGUACAUGUCUGCGUCUCCUCGCGCAAACUCAACGAUCUUUAUUGCCUCUCUGCAGGUACCCAUCCAAACUUUGUGAUUCCAAUCCCAGAAAUCAACAAUAGCUCUACUGUUCCUACUACUGCCUCGCCCGAUCAGAGUGUCGAUUCUGUUGCUCCUACUACUGCCUCACCUGAUCAGAGUGUCGAUUCUGUACUAGUGGAGGACAACAGCAACAAUGCCAAUAGCUCAACUAGUCCUAUUGCCUCCACAAAACUUGAUGUCAAUGUCGUUCAAAACAUUGAGAACAUUGUUGAUGUUAAAGGGCAUAGCGAUGAGAUUGUCAAUUCAAAGAAGGCUGUGGAGGAGCAAUUACAACUGCAUCGGUCAUGGUUAUCGACAACGAAUCCUGCUACGUGUGACGGGAGAGGGAUAUAUGUUUAUAAUUUGCCAUCAAAGUUCAACAAGGACUUGGUAGGUCAAUGUGGUGAUAUGAUGCCAUGGACAAAUUUUUGUACACAUUUCAAGAAUGAAGCGCUGGGUGAGCCCAUAGAGAAGCUUGGCAAAAGCUGGUACUACACACACCAGUACUCAUUGGAGUUGAUAUUUCACUCAAGGGUUUUGAAGCAUCCUUGCAGGGUUUACAAUGAAAACCAAGCCAAGCUCUUCUAUGUUCCGUAUUAUGGCGGAUUAGACAUCCUGAGAUGGCACUUCAAGAAUGUCUCUAGUGAUGUCAAGGACACUUUAGCACUUGACCUCAUGAAGUGGCUUGGUCCCAAAAAGGCAUGGAUUCAAAAUUCAGGUAAGGAUCAUGUCUUUGUGUUGGGUAAAAUUUCAUGGGAUUUCAGAAGGACGAGUGAGGAUUUAUGGGGGACUAGAUUGCUUGAGCUUGAUCAAAUGCAGAACCCAGUGAAGCUUUUGAUCGAACGACAACCGUGGCAUGUUAACGACAUUGGAAUCCCACAUCCAACCUUCUUUCACCCACAUUCAGAUGAUGACAUUCUUGCAUGGCAAAUGAAAAUCAUUAGCGCAAAUCGUAACCACCUCGCGAGUUUUGCAGGGGCAGCCAGACCAAAUGCAGCAGAGAACAUAAGGUCUAUAUUAAUCAAUCAGUGCAUUUCAACAAACACUUCAUCUACAUGCCAGUUUCUGAAUUGUAAUUCAGGUGGGUGUGAUCAACCCCAGUCCGUUAUCUCGCUAUUCAUGGAAUCAGAAUUCUGCUUACAACCUCCUGGAGAUAGUCCAACAAGAAAAUCAGUAUUUGAUUCACUAAUAGCCGGUUGCAUUCCAGUACUUUUCGAUCCUUUCACAGCGUACUAUCAGUAUCCAUGGCACUUACCAGAGGAUCAUAGUAAGUACUCAGUGUUUACAGACCAGGAGGAGGUAAGAGAAAUGAAGGUGAAUGUGAUGGAGAGGUUAAUGAAGAUAUCUAAGAGGGAGAGAGAUGACAUGAGGAGAUACAUAGUCUAUGAACUGCUGCCUGGGUUGGUUUAUGCUGAUUCAAGUUCUCAGCUUGAGAAAUUUCAGGAUGCAUUUUCCAUCACCAUGAAUAAUCUGGUUGAAAGGGUGAACAGAUUGGAUUGA